AUGACACUACGAUUCGACCCGCAGUACCAGGCCGCCAUCACCGCCAGAGACGGCGAAGGCGGCUCCGCUGCCCCAGCACCCUUCGCAAACGUCUUUGAGCUCCGCGCCGUCUCCGAGCCCAUGCUGCGUACCGUCUUCCGCGCGCAGCCGACGCCAGAGAACAUCCUCGACACCAGGAUCUCGUUUGCCUCGCACGACGGACAGGAGGUCGGGCUGUACCGCUUCGCGACGCGGGAGAUGAUUGACAGUCCUGAACUUUUGGCCGCCGUGGUGUACGUCCACGGCGGCGGGAUGGUCUCGUGCGACGUGGACAUUUUCAGCCCGCAGAUCAGGCGGUUCGUAGAGAUGGCGGGGAUGCCGUUUUUUGCGGUGGACUAUAGGCUCGCGCCUGAGUUUCCGGACGGUCUUGGUGCCGAGGACGUGUAUCACGGGCUCAAGUACCUGUCAGAGAACGCGGCGGAUUGGAAUGUUGAUAAGGCUAGGAUCGUCAUCAUGGGCGACUCGGGCGGCGGCGGGGUGGCGGCUGGCGCGACGUUGAUGGCGAGGGACCGCGGGUUGAAUCCGCCUUUGAGGAAGCAGGUGCUCGUGUACCCGAUGCUCGACGACCGGACUUGCGUACGCGAGGACGCUGCCAUCUAUCCCUUUUUGAUGUGGAAGGCCAACGAUAACCUGCUCGCGUGGCGUGCUGUGCUCGGUGACAAGGCCGGGGACCCGCGCCCGCGGGCCGAGGUCGGAAUCUCGUUGUAUGCUGCGCCGGGGAGGGCCGAGGUGGCGGACUUGAGGGGUCUGCCGAGCACGUAUGUCGACGUGGGUGGAUUGGAUCUGUUCCGGGACGAGUGUGCCGAGUACGUGAGGAAGCUUUGUGCGGCGGAUGUGGAGGUUGAGUUUCAUUUGUGGCCUGGGUUGCCGCAUGGGUUUGAGAGCGCGCCCGAGAUUGGCUGGGUGAAGAGGGCUUUGGAGGCGAGGAACGAUGCUUUGAGGAGGGUUUGA